GACAUGUGACCGAUAGGCGAAUGUCAAAUAUAUUCAUCCAUUCAUGACAAGUUCUCACUUUCUAUGCCACGCUGGGCCUUCACCUGGUCGACACUGACAAGCUCAGCCCGGCAUCCAGCGACACCAGGCUGAUGUGGAACCCCAUGUCCUCGAACGCAUCGCCGUUCCAGCGCCUGAUUUGGUUCUCAAUCUCCUGCGAGCCGCCCGCAUCCCGCUGCUUGCUCUUCUGCCGGAUGACCUGCCUGACGUCCUCGAUGUCGGCCGGCGACGACAUGGCCGGCGCAUCCUCCUCGGUGUCACCCUCGUCGGCGGUGCACUCCAUGUCGUUCUGCAUCUCGCGCUUCACGCCCGCAGCAUGCUGUUGGACGAGUUGCGCGCCAGAGAACCAACAUCCUCGUCAUCAUCUGAAGUGUCGGUCACUUCGACGUCGUCCAGCAGCCCGCGGUAGCGGCCCUUGCCUUGGGCCAGAGACGUGAACCGGAUAGUGAGUUCCUUUUCUGAAGCGACUGUCGUCAUCGGUGAAGACCUGAUAGAAGAAUAUGAAUAAAACACGCCUUGCUUGUAUGCGAAAAA